UAUUGCAUUCAAAGUGUUGGCAAAUCGUGCUUGCGAGGAGUACAUUUUCCUCCUGGUGAAAAAUGUUACCAAAAAACUGUAACCGGCGCGCAAUCGCCUACUUUUUUCUACCCAUAUUUUUGGCGACCUUCGAGCCUACCGACGCCGUCCUGAGCUACGAGGACGAGUAUUACUUCUGCGCGGAAGCCGAUCGCUACAACUGGACGAGCCACCCGUGUAAAAGGACCUGCAAAGAUGGCGAGCCGCCUCGACAGUGCCUCUACGUGUUUGUCGUCGAGCAGUACAGCACCAUGAGCAAGGCCUGCUACGACUGUCCGUUCAACAUGGCCGACUGCUAUCGGCCUCACUGCUUGCCGGGGGAUGGUCGGCCCAAAACCGUUUUCACGGCCAAUAGGCAAAUGCCCGGGACACCUAUCGAGGUCUGUCAAAACGACCUGGUCGUCGUGGAAGUGAGAAACACCAUGUUGUCCGAGAGCACGACGAUCCACUGGCACGGAUUCAAGCAGAGAGGUACGCCCUACAUGGACGGUGUGCCCUUCGUGUCCCAAUGUCCCAUCUUGCCUGGUCAGACCUUCCAGUACAUAUUCAAUGCCACAGAGGCAGGAACGUACUUCUGGCACUCGCACAUCGGAUCGCAGAGAGCCGACGGGCUGUACGGACCUUUGAUCGUGAGACCCUAUCCGAGAAGCAACCCCCACAGGAAUCUGUACACGCACGACGUUCACUGCAUGUUGCUGACCGACUGGAUGGUGCAAGAGGGCGACGACGGCUUCGUCGAGAUGUACCAUUACCGAUCGCGAGUUCGCCCCGAGACUCUUCUGAUCAACGGCUUAGGUCGAUACCAGCCCUUCCGCCGGAAUAAUACGCGCGGCCAAAUUUUCACCCCGACCGAGACUUUCAUGGUCCAACGGGGUAACCGAUACCGAUUCCGAAUGAUCGACGCCGGUGCAGAGGAUUGUCCGAUCGAAAUGUCAAUCGACAAUCACAAAUUGUGGAUCGUCAGCCUCGACAGCAACGAUGUCGAUCCAGUCGAAGUCGACUCGCUGACUAUUUGGCCGGGGGAACGAAUUGACUUUGUCAUCAAUGCCAAUCAACGAGUUGGCAAUUAUUGGAUAAGAUACCGAGGCCACGGACAAUGUGAGCCAUCGAACACAACAACUGGAAUAUAUCAGGUUGCUAUAUUAAGAUACAAUGGGGCAGCCAACCAAAAUCCAAGUUCGGCCGUGGGCUACAACAUACCACCCAUGACCAAUACGACGAGGAUAUUCAAUCCAUACAAUCGAGGAACCGAAGCGCCACCCUAUAUAUUCAUAAACGUACCCGAUUUGAACGCAACUGCGCCAAACGAUCCUUCGCUGACUCGUCGACCGGAUGUUCAGCACUACAUCAACUUUGACUUUUACCCGAUCGACAACUACGAUUUUCAUCGUCAAAAUCUCUAUGGUUAUAAUCAAGUACCCGCUGACCGGCGAAUGGGUACGUUUCAAUUGAACCACAUAUCCCUGAAAUUUCCGCCUUUUCCACUGCUCUCGCAAUGGGAGGAGAUUGGGCCGGAUACCCUGUGCAACAGAACCCACACACCGAGAGCGGAUUGCCAAAGAGAACAUUGCGCUUGCACACACGUGAUUCAAGUGGGACUGAACCAAGUCGUCGAGUUGGUUCUCGUCGACGAAGGUCGAUACGUCGUAGCGAAUCAUCCCUUGCACUUGCACGGCCACUUUUUCCGCGUGGUAGCCACGGAAAAUUUACGCGGAAACGUGACGAUCGAUCGAAUCAAAGAAAUGGACAGACGCAACCAGAUUAGGAGAAGACUCGAUCGAGCGCCGAUCAAAGAUACGAUGAAGGCACCAGGUGGUGGCUAUACGAUUCUUCGAUUUCACGCCAACAAUCCUGGAUACUGGUUUUUCCAUUGCCACUUUGAGCAGCAUACAAAUGUCGGAAUGUCGUUAAUCUUCAAAGUCGGCGAGCACAACCAAUUCCCUCCAAAGCCCCAAGGUUUUCCUAAAUGUGGAAGUUACACUCCGAUAACGGGAAACUCCUUUAACGAAGCUGGUUAAACGGAUCAUUUAUCUUUUUCAUAGCUAACAAUUUUCUUGUAUAAUGAUAAUAAUAAAAAACAAUAACGAUUGAAA